UGCACAGCUUCCUCUCAGCCUCCUCCGAGUGGGAAGCAGCAUGUGGACCCUGGCUCUGAUGCUCCUCGCAGCAGCCUGCUUGUUCUCGCUGGGGGUCGCUCUGUGGGUCAUUUGCAGCCAUUUUUUCAUUGUGCACAUCCCUGCAGCGAUUGGCCACCCUGUGAAACUGAGAGUCCUCCAUUGCAUAUUCCAGCUGCUGGUGACAUGGGGGAUGAUUUUUGAGAAGCUCAGAAUCUGUGCUAUGCCCCAAUUUAUCUGUUUCAUGCAAGAUCUGCGGCUGCUGAAGUACGAUCCCGACGUUGUGGUUACAGAUUUACACUUUGGGACAAUCCCUGUGAAGCUGUACCAGCCCAAGGCAUCCAGCUGCACCCUGAAGCCUGGCAUCGUGUACUUCCACGGUGGCGGGGGUGCCCUAGGGAGCUUGAAAACCCACCAUGGCAUAUGCUCUCGUUUGUGCAAGGAGAGUGACUCCGUGGUUCUGGCAGUUGGUUACCGCAAGUUACCCAAAUAUAAGUGUCCAGUGUCAAUAAGAGACUGCUUGGCGGCCACCAUCCACUUCCUGAGGUCCCUACAUGCAUAUGGAGUGGAUCCAGCCCGGGUUGUGGUCUGUGGCGACAGUUUGGGAGGGGGAAUAGCCACAGUGGUUUGUCAAAAACUUGUGAACAUGCCAGAUCUGCCCCGGAUCCGGGCUCAGAUCCUGAUCUAUGCCGUUCUCCAAGUCCUAGAUUUUCAGACCCCUUCCUUUCAGCAGAGAAAGAACAUCCCGAUGCUCUGCUGGAGUUUCACCUGGUACUGUUUUUCUCACUAUCUGGAUAUCAGCUCCUCCUGGCAAGAGGUCAUCAUGAAAGGUGCCCAUUUGCCUGCCAAAGUCUGGGAAAAGUACAGAAAGUGGUUGGGCCCAGAAAACAUCCCGGAGAGGUUUAAGAGCGGCUACCAACAGAAGCCCCACGAGCCCGUGAAUGAAGCUGCUUACUUGGAACUAAGUGUUGUCCUGGAUGUGAUGUGCUCGCCCCUGAUUGCAGAAGAUGACAUAGUGUCUCAACUCCCGGAAGCUUGCAUCGUGAGCUGUGAGUAUGAUGCCCUCCGGGACAGUUCACUGUUGUACAAGAAGAGGCUGGAAGACCUGGGAGUGCCUGUGACCUGGCACCAUGUGGAGGAUGGUUUCCACGGAGUGCUCAACACCAUUGACCUGAACUUCUUGUACUUCCCCAGCUCCACGAGAAUUCUGAAUGUGUUAACCCAUUUUAUAAAGGGACUGUGACCAUCUUUCUUCUCUGCUGGUGCUGUGGUGUGGAUUCCACGGUCAUCCAGCCUCCCACAGGACUCUCUGUUGCUGAUUUAGGUGGUGCAUAGUGAGGCUAGGGAGCAGAUGGAGGUUGCUGUCUCCUUUCUGAUCUAGGUUCUAGAACCACACAAUGUCCAGAGGAUGCCAUAGAGAAGACAGGUUUGCAGGUGGGGGUGGGGCUCUCUGUCUUUGGCCUCUAUUGGGAAAACAUGUGGGGACAAUCUACAGUGGCCAUUUGUGGGAGUGAAUCACAGGUAAGGACUGUUCUCAGCCUCCCUAAGGGGCAGUUCAGAC